AUGUCUUCUCAAACUCACACUCUGCCUCCUCUCCCCUACGCAUACGAUGCAUUGGAGCCUAUUAUCUCUAAGCAGAUAAUGGAGCUGCACCAUCAAAAGCACCACCAGACAUACAUCAACAAUCUGAACGCGGCACUCUCCGCUCAAGCAUCCGCAACUGCAUCAAAUGACGUCCCCACCUUGAUUGCACUGCAGCAGAAGCUCCGCUUCAACGACUUCGUCAAGGCUUUUAACGCUGAGCUGCUCGGCCUUCAGGGUAGUGGCUGGGGAUGGUUAGUGAGUAAGGGUGGUGCCAAGGGGCGACUUGAGAUUGUUACGACUAAGGAUCAGGAUCCUGUCAAUGGACCUGAUGUGCCGGUCUUUGGUGUUGAUAUGUGGGAACAUGCCUACUAUCUCCAGUACCUGAACAACAAGGUUGGCUAUAUCGAGGGAAUUUGGAAGAUUAUCCACUGGGCAGAAGCGGAGAAGCGCUACACUGCUGGCGUAGAGAACCCGCUGAAGCUUAUUUCCAACUCAAACGAAAUGAUUCAUGUCUCCAAUUAUGUCUAUGAUGUUGUUGCAUCCGUUUCACGGAAGAAAAGAGAGUAUGAUGACAUUGAGGCCGUCGACGAUGACGAUACAAAUGAGGAUACUGAUUCUGGUGACGAGGAAAGUGAUGCAUCUGAAGCCCUCGAGCUUGGACGAGUCUCUCGAGGGAAUAUGACGGCAAUGGUGCCUCCAAAUGUUGGGCGGUUGGUGUCUCCACACAUGGUGAUCUAUAAAAAGUGA